AAAAGCUGAUUAAACGUCAAAAGCACUUCGUAAUUUAAAUUGCUGGCCUUAAAUUAACAAUGGAGCAACAGUAUACUUUAUUGGAAAUAAAUAAAUUAUCUAAUUAUAAAUUGGAGCCUGGUUCUGUUUAUUUGAUUGGUAAAAGUAAUGAAAAAAAGUCUCAACAAUGUAUAACAAUACAUGACGAGUCUUUAGAUAUAAAGCAUGCAUUAAUUGAAGUAAACAUUGAAAGCGUUACUCUCAUUGAUCUACAAAGCACAAAUGGUACAUUUCUUAAUGGACAAAAAUUAAAUCCGUUAUGUAAAACAGUUAUAGACACUACAUCGUCGGUACAAUUUGGUAAUGUGGAAGCUAAUUUAGUAAUCCUAAAAAUACAAGAUAAAAUCGACAAUUCAACAAGAAUACCGAAUGAAUGUUUGGCAGAGGCGAAUGAUUUAAAUAAAUUAAUGGAGAAAACUAAUGAUGUUUUUGUUAGUUAUACAAAAUUCACUGACUUAACGUUAGCUAAAUUUGUUAAAAUGCAACUAUAUUUGCGUGGAUUCUCUACCAUUAUAAGUAAUGACGACGUAACUAUAUCCCCUGUAGAAACAAUUAAAAGUAUUAGUAAGUCAAAGUAUUUCGUUUUAAUCAUCUCAACGAUAGAGAAUGAACAAGAAACUAAUACUAAAAGAAUUCAGGAGGAACUCAUAGCUGCAAAUCAAGCGAAAUGUAAAAUUAUUCCUAUAAUAGAUAAAUGGUAUCAAAAACCUGUAACUUCACUGAAUAAUGUACAAGAAAUAUGUAAUUUAAAUAAAAUAUAUUGGGUACAUGAUUAUGAAAAUGCUUGCAUGGAAAAAAUUGAAAGAUUGAUGCGCGGAGAACUACUUUAGAAAGAAAAUUCAUAACAGUAUUCAACCAAAAUUGUGCAAACAGAUUUUUUUUCUAGAAAAAUCUCUAUUAAGUCUUCAGAAUUUUAAAAUGUGUUCACUUGUUUUUAAAUUUAUUUAUGUAUAUGUAUUUAUAUAAAAAAACUAAUUGCGAGUAACUAAUCUUACCAUUCAGAAUGCAGUUGAGAUUAAAAAAGAAACAACUAUUUAUUAGAAAACCAGUAUUUUUAA